AUGGGAACCAUUUAUAUUGCUGAUGCUAGGAAUCAUCGUAUACAAUUCUUUUUGGCUGGUAAAUCAAAUGGUACAACCAUUGCUGGUAUUACAGAUGUAUCUGGUAAUGAUUCUACUCUGUUAUAUUCUUCUUAUUGGGUGGCACUUGACAAUCAACUUAAUUUAUAUGUUUCCGAUACAUUUAAUCAUCGUGUACAGAAAUUCUUACGUUAUUGA